AUGUCUGCGCGGCGUGACCAAGCAAACAAGUGGAAUGAGCUUAUUUAUCCUACAUUCAAAACAAUGCUUCUUGAUUCGUUCAAUGACAGCAGGUCUUGGCAGGUGAGCAAAGCCAAUGAGGAUGUGUUUGAGGUUCAUUCUAUACCAUUUGUUACAGCUGAUAUUGCAAGGCGUACGUAUUCUUGCUUCAAAUGGCAAAUCAACGGAUUCCCAUGUGACCAUGCUAUUAUUGCUAUUCAGAAAAGCCGCUACAAUCUCAAUGAUUGUGUGGAACAUUACUUUCAUGUAGAGACGUAUCGUACAGCCUAUUUGGGUGCCAUACCCCCUAUACUAUUAGUGGAAAAGCCACAUUUUGAUCCCAAGGACUUCACUAUAUACCCACCAACUGUGAAAAGACCACCCAGCAGGCCGAAAAAUAAUAGAAUCCCAUCAAGGGAUGAGAAACUGAAGCAAAUAAACAUCAAAGUAGAUGACAUGAACAUUUACAUCAAUGUAACCAUUCACAUCAUCAAAUUAGAAGAUGUGAAUAUUCAGAUAUGA